AUAAAUUCUAUAUUUGUUGACAUUUUUUAAUAUUUAUGUGUAAUAUAAGGAGUAAUAUUAAAUUUAUAGAUUUACUUCCUUCCUACUAUGGGUCCCUCUAAAAGAAAGAAAAAUAAUAAUAGGCAAAAUAGUCCUUUUGGUUUCUCUGAAAUGGAAAAAAACGAAAUGGUAAACCUAAAUGAAAGACCAAGUAGUGAAAAUUUAGAAGGAAAAAAUCUUUUGUUGGAUAAGGAGCCAAUACCAGAUGUAACUUUAAAUGUAAACCAGCAGUUGAUGAAUAAAACAUUACUAAGAAGAAUAGUCAAUGAAUGUAAUACUCCUUUCUUCUAUCACAAAUUCAUGAUUCAAAACAUUGAAAAUUCAACUAGAAACCACAUACUGAAAACAAUUUUUGAUUUCGUGUAUCCAGCCACAUUUAAAGCCAUAUAUUUCGAACUUACUUCAAUGGGUGCAUAUUUUCUGGCUAGGAAUUGCCAGGAAGUCAUUUUGAAGAUUGCCAGCGAGAAGUUUGAAAUUCCAAAUCCCAAUUGUCCAGGCUCACCAUUCAAAGUUUCAAUUCUAUGUAACUAUAUUCUAACGGAAGAAGUGCCUAUUCCUGAUUGCACUGAAAACAUAAUGAAAGUAUUACAUAAAAGAUAUAAGAAGAAGAAACAAACUUUGGAUCUUAGUGCGUUUUGUGAUGAUGAAGAUUUAGAGGACUACUAUCCCCUUUUUCAAACCAAGUUUCUGCUUUUCUUGAUGAAUCUGAUUGCAGAAGUGAAUCCCAAACAUGUAUUGUUGCAACACAACAAUAUCAGAGACAUUGAGAAUCUUCACCCGCUGAAAGAUUCUCUAGAGAUUCUUGACCUGAGCAAUAAUGAGUUGGAGGAUAUUGGAGCGCUUCAGAUUCUAUGUGAGUUCAAGAAUUUGAAGAGUCUCAAGUUGAAUGGCAAUCCCAUAUGCGACAAAUAUAAUUCUUAUAAUUAUGUCAUUGAUGUCAAGAGUUUUUGCCCAAACCUCCAAAAGUUGGAUGAUGUGGAUAUUACCACACCGGUUUUUCAGAAGAACUACUGGUGCUCUCCCGAAGCUGAAGAUUUGGCGUCCCAAUUUUUGGAACAUUUCAUCACCGUUUAUGAUUCUGACAAUAGACAAGAUCUGGAAGAUCUCUACCUUGAAAACAGCAUUUUCUCAGUCAACUCCAGAGUGGUUCCCGGACAAAAAAAUUCUUCCUUGAUCAAGUUGGAUCACUAUGGCUUCAAGAAACCUUUCUUGGUGAUAGGAGUAAAAGACAUAAUGAAAACUUUUCGAAAGCUUCCCAAAUCUGAACACGAUCCAUAUCCUCUAGUGUGUGAUGUCAUUUCAUAUACGGACUCUAGUGCGGCAAUCGUGGUAACAGGUAUUUUCAGAGAAACGACCCAGAUUUUAUCGUUCAGCAGACAUUUUGUGUUCAGACGUAACGGCGACGAGUUUCGAAUAUCAAAUGAUCUAUUGCACGUAAGUAAUGCAAUGGAUCACCAGAUCGGAUGGAGCUUCAAGUUUCCCACGCACAUAGGAAACGCCAGCAGUCCUUUGCCCUACUUCCAAAUACAAUACAGAGAACUGGAAGAAGCCGUUCACAGGAUAACACAGAUGAACUAUGAAUAUUCUGAAAGGUACUUGUAUGACUGCCAGUAUGACCUGAAGAAAACUCUAAACUUCUUCUCCCAGUUGCACUUGAGGGGAGAAAUCCCCGAGCAGGCGUUCUCUAAAGAAAGAACAAGGUCUCUAGAGCUCAAAAGAGGGGAUUCAUUUUUCAGCGACAGGAUUCGUAUAAAGACUUUGGAGGUUCACAACAAGCUCAACUUGAGAACAGUUUGGGAAGUUUUGGAUAGUGAAAGGGUCCAGAAUUGUGUGGAUAUAGCUCACUGCAAAGACCACACCAUCAAAAGAGUGCCAGUGAUCGUCGACAAUCCGAACUUAGCAAGUGAAUCAAAUCAAUCUGCAGGACCUUUAAACCCCUCAGAGUCCAAGAAAAAAGCGAGGAAAGCGAAAUAUCGUGCUUUGAAAUUAAAGGCUCAGAUGGUCUCUAAUUACUCCAAAGACAGUUAUCUGAAAUUAAAAAACAAGGCCGAAUCCGGAGCCAAAACCAUGAGUAAGUCUUUCCGAACCAAGGAUGAUUCCAAUCCGCUAGUAAAGUUGUCGGAGAAGUUGGAACGGUACAAAUCGAUUGCAGCUCAAAAAGUAGAGGAAUUGAAACGGAAGUCAGGGGAGGAACCUCCACUGAAAGUGACAAAAUUCGAGGAACCCCGAGUAGGUUUGUCCCUUGAGGAGAGAGCCAGAUACAAAGCACUGGCCCUGGAAAAAGCGGAGAAACUACGACAGGAAGCUAGAAAAUAUGAACCAAAGAAAGUUGUUUUGACCCCUGAGGAAAUAGCCAAGUACGAAGAUAUGGCUCUCAAGAAAGCAGAGGAUCUCAGGCUCAAGUAUGGACCUAAAGAUGACUCCUCCAAUACCCAUGGGAACAGUUUCAAUUCGCAUAUGAAUUUCCUCCAGCCCGUCACAAACGCCUUUCCUGUUCAAAACCAACUUAUGCAGUUACCGCAUAUAAUGCCCCAGCAGCAUUUCGUGCCACCGGGAUAUGGUAUGGAACCAAUGUAUCCAAUCCAACCUGGAUAUCCCAUACGACCAGGACACUUUAUGGGCCCUGGAUAUACCAUGCAUACAAGUCAUUUAGUUUCUCCAGGACAUCCAAUUCCAUCGGGAUAUCUAAUGCAUCAAGAGGCAAGGCAAUUAUCCCCGAUCAUGAUGCCUCAGCUACAACCGAAAAGUUCAAUGUCUUCUAUGAAUGUAAUGGAAGCUCCCGUCCGUGUGGGAUCUCCCAAGAUGAAUACAUCCUCUCCCAAAUUAAAGGUUCCUCAAGAAAAGUCUACCGGAGUUGAAAAGAAGUCUUCAAAGUGGGACGUUAAGAGUUCUUUCAACAGUUCCAAGAAGAUUCAUCCUAAAUCAAACGUUCCUCAAGAAGAGUCUACCGGAGUUGAAAAGAAGUCUUCAAAGUGGGACGUUAAGAGUAACUUGUCGAGUUCUUUCAACAGUUCCAAGAAGACUCAUCCUAAACCGACCAAUACCAAGGUUGAAUCCACAUCCACCGGCAGUACGAAUAAAUCAAUUGUUCCUGAUGCAAGGGAGGAAUAUGGCCCAAUUUGUGUGAAUCUGUUCUGUUCGCUGCACUGUUACGUUAUUUCCCAUAUUGUGAUGGCAACAAACUGUUUUUCCAUAUAUUUCAACACGCUGACAUGUAACAAGAUUCAGACAAGAAUAACCCAAAAUCGAUAUGGGGAUUUGAUGGUGCAAACUAAUUUUUUUGCCUCGCAACUGUAUAAAAUACAAUAUCCAAGUACAAUAUACAAGUUAUUUAUGAAAAUUUGAAUCACCAUAAAGCAGAAACCAUAAAAUUCUUGCCGUCA